AUGGCUGAGAGUUCCUACCGAGGUCGCCUAACGCGAGACAAUGCCGUUUUGCUCAUUGUGGAUCAUCAAGUCGGCCUCUACACUGGAGUUCGCGACAUUGAUACCCUAGAGCUUAAGCACAACAUAUUGGGUCUGACAAAGGCCGCUGUAGCCCUGAAAAUUCCCGUGGUUGUUACCACAACGACAGAGAGCAUGUGGGGACCUUUGAUUCCAGAACUCCAGGAAGUGCUACCUGGUACCGAACGAAUUGAACGCACAACUGUCAAUGCCUGGGAUGAUGAGCGUGUUGUUGCGGCUGUGAAGGCUACGGGUCGGAAGAAUUUGAUUGUCACUGGUAUUUCGACCGAUGUAUGCUUAGCGUUUCCGGCAAUGGCCGCUCUUGCAGACAACUAUACGACUUAUGCCGUUGUAGAUGCCUCGGGUAGCUUUACGAAGCGACAAGCGGAGAUGGGUGUCCUCCGUAUGACUCAAGCCGGUGUCAUUCCUGUCUGUUAUUCCAAUGUCGCUGUUGAGAUCCUGGCAGAUAAUGCUGCUGCCGAAUCAGCUGAGGUUUAUGCCGCUCUGGGUAUGCCAUUUGCUGGGCUGGUAUAUGGGUUACAACAAUACUUCUCGAUCAACUAG